AUGGCGCCAGCACUUGUCGAAGCGGGAGAAGCCAUUGUGUCUUCCUCAUCGCCAAAUAUAACGAAUAAGCCUACUGUCUACCUGCUUGAUACACUACACCCGCAAGCCAUCAGGCACGCCCAGUCGCUGUUCAACGCCAUACUACCUUCAGAUCCCAGACAUUCGGAAUGGAGAGAGAAAGCCGAAUACCUUGUGAUCCGCGGCUCAUACCUGACCAAGGAUGAUGUGGACGCGUGUAAGAAGCUCAAAGCGAUUGGAAAGCAGGGUGUUGGCAUUGACAAGAUUGAUGCUGAAGCCUGCCAAGCGCGCGGCAUCAAGAUCUUCAACACUCCGGGCGUAAACGCACAAGCUGUCGCCGAGACGGUGCUGGCGCUCACAAUGUCCGUGGCUCGUGAAGUGGGCCGCAUCACGGCGCUGCAGAGCGCCGGAAUCAAAGUACCAAAAGAAACGUGCUGGGGGUUGAUCAUCAACAACAAGACGAUCGGCAUUGUGGGCAUGGGAAACAUUGGCCAAAAGGUUGCACGCAUCUUUCAGGGCGGGCUGAACUGCCGCAUUGUCGCCUACGACCCGCUGCUGCCCAAGGAUGCUUGGAGCGAUAUUCCACACACGCGAGCAGAGACGCUCGACCAAGUCCUUGAGGCUUCGGAUAUCCUCACACUGCAUGUCCCUCUUUUGCCGCAGACCCGCGGCCUCAUCUCAUACGAACAGUUCAAGGUGAUGCGCCGCAAUGCGAUUUUGAUCAACGCGGCGCGAGGAGGCAUCGUGCAAGAGGCCGACCUCGAACGUGCCUUGAGAGAAGGAUUGAUCUGGGAAGCGGGCCUUGACUGCCAUGAGCAGGAGCCGCCGACCAAGGAGAAGUAUGCAAGUCUUUGGGAAACAGGACGCGUCUCAGGCCUUGUAGCUACAUGA